AUGGAACCCUUGUCACCAGUUUUUCUGCCACGUCCCGAGAGCGCCUUUGACGUUGCAUGUGUUGGAUUGUGGGGCGCCACGGAUUGGGACACUGACGACGUGGUGAUUGAUGGCGGCCACGAAGAGCAACAAGAAAAAAAUUGUCAAGGCAAAAGUGCUAUUGGCGACUCGAUCUCAGCCAAAAGGCAAUUGGAGCAGACAAGACUUUUGGAGAGCGUUGCUAAGAAAUUGAAACAAGAAGGAAGUGCUUCCAAAGACAAUGUCAGACAGAUCAGCAAUGGAAAUGGUGGAGAGAGUGCAUCUCAAGUGAACCUCAUCAUGGAUUCGCACGUUCUCACAAAUGGCGCCAACCGUUCGAUGCCAGAGAACAUCAAUGAGGGCGUCACUUCCAAGAAUGGACUACCAUCCGGCUCAGCACCACUUAGAGAUUGA